AGUAUAAGAUCCGUGAUCGUUAGAUGAAAUUGUUUAUUCAAUUGUCGAACAUUGCACGUAUAGUACUGUCUUCGAACCCUGUCUGGUGUAGUGUAUGUGAUUUGUGUGUCGACAAUCUUCUCUAAGAUGCCCAGUUGCACGUCGGAGAGUCUGUCCAGAGUGUGGUCCAGCAACGAAAGUAUACAUGCCGGCAGCACUAGUGGCAGUUCCGGCUUCCAGAGUCCAAGUUCGCCACACUCGUUCUCGCCAAUUUCUACAUCGCCGGAUAAUACUUUGAGAAGACGCAGGAUACGCAGGUCGUCGUCUUUGGGAAAUUGCAUACACGAACCGUUCGUCAUACAUUCUGAUGCCAGGGAUUCGAGGGCACAGAGUCCGACUUUGAGUAUACAUGAAGAAGAUCAGUCGUUUUCCACACUGUCGGCUAUAAUAGGAUGGUACCCUUGUGUCCUCCUUCGUAUCGCCAAAGCCAUUUUUCUUGCUUUGCUGCCGAAGACAUGGAGGCAACUCAUUUUUGCCUUGCCUAUGCUUUGGAUUUCCAUGUGGAUAUGGGUAAUAACCCAGUUUUUCCAACUGCCUCUGACCAUCAUCAAAAUUAUGUUGUCUCUGGUAUUUUCGUCAAGUACCUCAAUGAGCCAGACGAAACGUACCGUAUUGAUUAGUGGUGGAAGUACCAUUCAAGCUUUGCACCUCGCAAGGAAUUUUUACUCAGCUGGUGCCAGAGUGGUUGUAUGCGAAGUCGAAGGACUGUUUGCCUUAUCCAGAUUUUCAACGGCUGUUAGUAAAUUUUAUACCGUACCCAAACCAACCAGCGAUCAACAGCAAAACUAUGUACGAGCUCUUUGUGAAAUUGUUGACAGAGAACAAGCUGUAUAUUACAUUCCUGUAAGUGCAUCAACUUCAGCUUACUAUGAUGCAGUCGCUAAACCACAUUUAGAAUUAUUGGGAUGCACUUGCUUCUGUCCCGGAAUUAAAGAAGUUUGGGUUUUGGAUGAUACUUUGGAGGUAUUGAAACGCUGUCAGAAAUAUGGAAUUAGCACUCCCACCUAUCACGCCAUUACAUCGAGAGAGGACGUGAAUAGGCUUUAUGAAACUGGAGCAAUUCGCCUAGGAAUGUACGUAAUGUCCACAGCGGGCCCAAGCGGAUUAAGGGAACGUUCCAAAAUAGUCUUACCUUUGUCUAGAAACGAACUCAAAUUACCACACGAAAUAAGCGAACAGAAACCAUGGGUUGUUGUUCAAGACGUCGAAGGGGAACAUUUCUUAACUUGUACAACUGUCAAACAGUCGCAAGUUAUCGCUAAUGUUACAUGCCGCAUGGACAAAAACAAUCAAUUGGUUCCGGUGGAAAACAAAGAAGUCAACAUUUGGCUGACCAACUUUUUCGCAAAAUUGAACCUUUUGAGACCGGUCACUGGGCAUAUCAGCUUCCGAUUUGUCGUAUCCAAGGAGACCAACACCAUAAUACCGCUCAGCAGCAGAGUCGGUGUGUCGUUGCCAUACAUAUGUUACACCAACGUUCACCCCAGACUGGUAUGGAAACCUUGCAAACAUCUCAAACGCCAAUUUUCUGGGCCCAUGAUCAACGAAAACGGAUCGUGUCGGAUGCCAGAGAGUGUGAAAAACAUCAAUCCCAGCUUGGAGUCGGUGACCAGACUGAUAGGCACCGUCCUCGACAAACGGGAGGCUCUCUUCUCUAUUUGGGAUCCGGUUCCUUAUUGUGCCUACUAUCACAUGCAGCUGCCUUUCAAGAACGUCCUGGGCUUCAUGCGAAGUCGACAGGACAGGUUCCCAAGGCCCAUCACGACUAGCGUCCGAUAACUCUCGUUUUUCUCAAUAAGGGAGAGAGAACAGAGCCUGAAAUUUGAUUUUUUGGGGCUGGGCUGACAAUUUAUCCACUGUUUGAGAUUAUUUAUUAUUGUUAAUUUUUCGAAUACCUAUUGUUGGUUUCGGCUCCACUGUGGUUGUAAAUUUUUAUUUUUAAAUAUUUAUUUUUAUACUAUGCUAGUGCCAAUGAUUUUUUAUAUGUAUAUGUAUAAAAAAUAUGUAUGUUAUUUGGUUAAAUAACCGGUUUAUGUACAAAUUAUAUAUAUUUUUAUAUGUGAGUAGUUGUUUUUAUAUGUAUAAAAUGGUGGUAUGUUACAUUAACUGAUAUCAUUGAAUCAAUGGUAUGUUUUGAACAACGUUGUUAUUUUAUAAUAAAAUGUAUGCAGUUUGAAUAAAAUGUAAAAAAUGCA